AUGGCCGAGACAGAUCGCCUCAAGUGCGCCAAAUGCGCACGUGUUCCCGGCGGCCCCAACUGCUUCGAUGGGCUAAUACUCUGCAAGUGCAAAGGUCGCUACUACUGCAACAAGGCUUGUCGAGAGGUGGAUGCGGACGUUCAUGGGCCCGACUGCAAGACGAUCGAGUACCUGGCGCAGCCUGAGGACAUGUUCAACGCCCCCGACAUGAUCAAGUGUCGCGACAAAACUUCCACCGAGAUCGCUAGGCAAGAAGAUGUGGUAUACCACUUGAUUCUCGUGGUACAUUUUGGAGAGAAACCGAAGCGCGCGAGGUAUAUAGCGCCGUUCGUUGAGCUCGCUGGCCUCGAACAGAAGAUCCAAGAGAAGGUGCAGGAUGAUUUCAGUACUGUGAUACCGAGCGGCGCUUUCCUCUCUGAGCUGCUCCAUGCACCGGUCAGCGGCCUAGCUGGUGUCGAGGAAGUCCAUAUUCCCUUCCAUGGCCUCGAGGGCUCCAUCACUUUCCUCAUUCAGUACGAGAAACAAAACUACAUCAAGUACUGCUACCGAAGUAGCGCCUGGAGCUUCGAGAAGCUGCUUUACACGGUGGUCGUCGAUAUCCCGAAGGUUGGGACCCGCCCGCAUGAGAUAAGAGGACAGUACGUGACCAAGGUGGAGGUUGAGGCUACUUUCGGAAGCAUGGUCUCUGCGGUUGCGUGCGUGAAAGCAAUGGUGGACCGGUGGAAUAAGGAGAAGGGCAAGUACGAGGGAAAGAUCAUUCCUGUCGAUCACGAUUCUGUGCGCGGUGUCAUGAUAUCGUCAAAGAUAAAGAUCAUAGAGCUGAAGCAUGUCCGCAUUAUCACGCGGACUCUGUGGCAGGCUGGGGCGCUCAAAGGGUCGAAUGGAAAGGCGAUCAUGGUGGGAUGCCAGGACAGGGAUGGUUUUGCCCAACGCAGGCGGACGGUUGAGCAUACAGAGCAAGAGAAGGCAGCGACAAACACAGCAGUGACUGGAAACCAGAGCAACCUCAAGAAGCGCACAAUUGAGGAGAUAGACCGAGAAGCAGACGCGGAGGCAACAUCGAAGCGAACACGCAUCGACCAACAUGAACAUCCAAAAACACAAGGAGAGACACUCGGGGCAAUGCCCGAGGAACAGAACGCUCUCGCAAAGCGCCCAGGCCCGGACGAGUUUGUAGACCAAGAUCGGAGCGAGGUCAAGCGCAUACGCGUCGUCGAACACGUAGACUUGGGAGAGGACGAGGAUGGAGAGGCAACGUAG